GCCGACCUUACUAGGUGAAGGCACCCUUAACAAUAGAUACAAUUCUAAGUAAGAAGAAGAAUAGUGAGGUUAGAAUUCCUAUACUUGAAAAAUCUUGAAAGUUGAAUAAAUAAAAGUUUAAUUUCAUUACUGACUUAUUUAUACAUGCAAUGAUUUCUACAACAAGAACCCUGUAUAGAGUAGUUGUGAAGCCAAAUUUCCUUAGUAAUGCCGCCAGAAAUAUAUCAAUCAGACACAAAUCCUACACUCCGGUAAAUACUGUUGUUAUGUUUGUACCCCAACAAGAGGCAUGGGUAGUAGAACGUAUGGGUAAAUUUCAUCGUAUACUCGAGCCAGGAUUGAACGUACUGAUUCCCAUAGUAGAUAGAGUCAAAUACGUGCAAAGCCUUAAGGAAAUCGCUGUAGAUAUUCCCAAACAAAGUGCUAUUACAUCAGAUAACGUCACUUUAAACAUCGAUGGUGUGUUGUAUUUGAGAAUCAUUGAUCCCUAUCUAGCCAGCUACGGAGUCGAAGAUCCUGAAUUCGCCAUAACUCAACUAGCCCAAACCACCAUGAGAUCUGAAUUGGGAAAAAUAUCGCUAGAUAAAGUGUUCCGCGAACGAGAAAACCUCAACGUUUCGAUUGUCGAUUCGAUCAACAAAGCAAGCGAAGCCUGGGGUAUGACUUGCUUGCGUUACGAAAUAAGAGACAUCAAGCUGCCUCCGAGGGUACAAGAAGCCAUGCAAAUGCAAGUGGAAGCCGAGAGGAAAAAACGAGCCGCCAUUUUAGAAUCUGAGGGAGUCAGAGAGGCGGAUAUAAACGUUGCGGAAGGUAAAAGGAAGGCUCGUAUAUUAGCUUCGGAAGCCGAAAGGCAAGAGCAAAUCAACAAAGCUGCUGGAGAAGCUGCAGCUAUUUUGGCUGUAGCCGAGGCCCGAUCAGGAGGAUUGAAAUUAGUGGCUGAAGCAUUGAAGAAGGAUUUGGGACCUAAUGCUGCUUCAUUGAGUAUAGCUGAACAGUAUGUUAAUGCCUUCAACAAAUUAGCUCGGACGAAUAAUACUUUAAUAUUGCCUGCCAAUACUGGAGAUGUUAGCGGAUUAGUUGCACAAGCAAUGAGUAUUUAUCCUUCAUUAAUAAAUUCACAAGAUUUAUCCCAUAACAAUAAUAAAUCAAAUAAUGCAAUGACUAUUUAUUCAACUAUAACGAAAUCCCAAGAACUGCAGAAAAGUGAAUCGCCCGAGCCUAAUCCGAAUGAUAGUUUUCCAGAGUAUUUCAGCGACGAGGAAAUGAAACCAACAAGACGUCCUGAUGUGUUCCAUGUAGACCCAUUGAAAAAAGUUAAAUAAAAAUCGUUUUUCCAUUAAUUUUGACUUAUAAAUACACACAUAAAUGCAAAAUUGUUUGCAAUAUAAUUAAAUCUAUAAGUUAAACAAAGAAAGGUAAUAAAAAUAACAGUGGUUAGAGAGAGAAAAUUACAAUCCCAUAAUAUAACUCUUUCCUUUAUAAGAGACUAAUGGAUGUUGUCUUUGUUGCACCCAUAGCCUAUAUUGCAAACAACUUUGCAUCUACUUGUAUACAUAG